GAAGAGAAAGACAACGAAAUAUACUAAAAUAUAGAUCAAAAAUAUACAACGACCCUGAGACGGAAGUUGUGUUAUAUAGUACAUCACUAACAUUCAUCAUAAAAAAUUGUAAUAGCGCCAUCUAUUAUAAAAAAUCCGAAACACUUCAAGUCUUAAUGUGUAGAGAGGCCAUAGUCAUAUUGGAAGAUCUCAUUAAAUCAAAUACGUUGCAGGCAAUCUCGAAUAUUCUCCAAUUGCAACAAUUAAUUUAAAUCUAAAAGUGUUUACUCACAAGUGCAUUGUAUUAUCGAACGGUUGACAACUUUCGAGUUUUAGUGUAUUAGGAGGCAAUAGAUGCGAUGGAACUAUAAUUAAAUAGUGCCUCGAUUUUUAAAAUAAUACUAUCAAACUCUUGAAAGAAAGAUUUUAACAAGUGAAGUUCAGGCAAAAACAAAGCAAAUGUCAUCCUGAAUAAAAACUUUGUCGAAAAUUUAGCAGUACCGUUUCAAUUGUGUCCUAGUGUAUACAGAGGUAAAUUGGACUAAGUACACCUGAAUAGGCUUGUUAUUAGUGCGUUCCUUUUGAAAGGGUACUUGUAAACACUUGAAAAAAGAUACCGUAACCAGUGAAGUCCAUCGUGAGGUAUACGGAGAACCAUUUCAAGAGUGUCGUUAGUGUUUACAGAGGCAAAACUGGACUAAAAUUGCCUUGACCGUGGAGUAUUGUUUUUGGGAUACUUUUAAAUCCUUGAUUAAUCCGAGAACAGCGAGAGGCAGAUAAAGGAAGAGUUUACUUUAACAAAAAUGGUGGAAGACACAACGCAAAACGGUGAUAGGAUGUCUGCAGCUGCCGUUUUGCAAUACGCAGCUCGGGAAGCAAGAGAAGGCAGGCGGUUCGCGGAAUUUGGUGCCCAUGCAUUCGCAAGCAUCACCUGCAACGCUUAUGCAUCCCUGGGUGAGAUGGCUGGCAGUGGCAGCUCCUCCUCAUCACACAUGUCUCCCGGGUGGCAGGUCAACGACCUGGAUCUGGAUCUACCCGGAGAGUUGACUAUGAACGAGGCCUUGCUUUCUUUGCCAUCACUGGCAGUGUUCAAGCAAGAAGCGCCGUCUCCAACUGGGGCCGUACUGUCACCCCCACGUCGGGCCUGGCCCCCAAGACGACAGAAUGAGAGACAGAUCACAAACUUGAUUGUUGAUAAUCGGGAACCGAUGGACGAAGGUUGUGAGGAGUCACCGCCUCAUAAUAACAUAAUGAGUCAGCAUUCUAACAGCCCAGAAAGCAUGCAGUGCCAAACAAUGGCGCCCACCAUGAUGGAUAUGAGCGGAUAUAACUCGCCAAACGAGCAUGACAAUAAAAAUGCGGGGCUAUUGAUGUGUUCUCCCAGUUCUUUUGACGGCUUCCUUCAGUCGCCUGUUCGCUCUGAGACCAGUUAUAAGGAUGACUCCAGAUUUCAGUACGUCCUGGCUGCAGCGACAUCUAUAGCCACUAAACAGAACGAGGAAACUUUGACAUAUCUGAACCAAGGACAACCAUAUGAGGUUAAGCUGAAGAAAUUGGGCGAUCUGUCACAUUCUAAAGGAAAAAUAUUAAAGGUAAAGAGUGUGAUAAAAAUUUGCUUCCACGAAAGAAGACUUCAGUAUAUGGAGAGGGAACAGAUUGCGCAGUGGCAUGCCCAAAGGCCUAGCGAGAGGAUUAUUGAGGUCGACGUCCCAUUGUCGUACGGAGUGACGCGCGUUGAGCAGCCGUCCGCGUUGAACUCUUUGCACGUGUAUUGGGACCCUACAAAGGACGUUGGGGUGUAUAUCAAGGUUAAUUGUAUAUCCACUGAAUUCACGGCGAAGAAACAUGGCGGCGAGAAGGGCGUGCCGUUUCGUAUACAGGUUGAAAGUUAUUUGGCGAGCGAGGAGUCGGUUCGGCUUCACGCAGCCGCCUGUCAGAUUAAGGUUUUCAAAUUGAAGGGCGCUGAUCGUAAACACAAACAGGAUCGGGAGAAGGUCAUGCGCCGUCCGCCGUCUGACAUCGAUAAAUACCAACCUGGAUGUGAGGCAACGGUUCUUACUACGCUCUCAAAUGACGCUUUGAUGCCUCCACUGGUUGUUACAACAUCACCACCAUACUCUCCUGAAUUGUGCUCACCGAAAGUGGCAAGCCCUGGACCGAACAAGCCUGUGCUGUCACAGCCAUCUAUCAUCACAACGAACCAGAUGAAAGCCUUGUACUGUCAAGAUGCCCCCGAGGUUAAAGUGGCAACAUCGUGUCACUCGCCCGGCGCCAUCUUGCCCGACUUUCCGCAGCCCACAGAUAUUGACAAUGACAAGAAUAAUGGUCUCUCGAAGGAGGCAUCGUCGGCUGACACGCAAGCAUGGCUGACACGCCACCGUUUCGCCCAACACGCGGCUACGUUUAGUAACUUCUGUGGGGCCGAUCUGUUGCGCCUCUCUCGGGACGAUAUAAUACAAAUUUGUGGGCUGGCUGAUGGUAUACGACUAUACAACGCUCUUCAUGCGAAACGCAUCGAACCACGCCUAACAGUGUAUGUAUGCGCUAGUGGUUCAAACAUAUUCAGCGCAUUGUAUCUCGAUGCAUACGCAGCCAGCGAAUUACUCAUCAAGCUGAAGGGGCUUUUGCACAGUGCAGCCGCCAAGGAAUGCGACACAGUACUUGUGUCGGGACCGAACGGCGCAAGAGUUCGUUUAACGGACGAACUCGUACGACAUCUCCCGGAUUCGUCCACUUAUAAACUUGAACAUGUCGAAAACUCGCUUCUACUGAGUCCAACUAACUAAAGUCUAGUUGAAAUUACGCGGUAAUCGUAAUCCCGUAUAUUAAACGUUCGAAAAUAGCUUAACGGUAAUAGGAAGAAUAUUACGGUAAUACUGUUUAAUUAGGGAUAAUCAUUAUUACCGGAUAUUACUGAGAUGAUUGAAAAUAACUUUACGGUAAUAGUAAUGUCAAUGACAUGUUACUUGAUAAGCCGUGAAUGAAGGCAUAUAUAUUAAAUGUCAAAAUCCUUCUGGAGAUUAUUAUAUUAAUACUUUUUAAGUAGUUUUAAAAUAAGUAAUUUUAUUAACAUUUAGUUGUAAUUUAUGGACAAUUCUCCACACGGCACGAUUAAAUGUCAUUUUUGGCGCAAGUCAGUCUGUCACCUCUCUAUUCUCACUGCUAGACAUUGGACACUGUCUAUUUAUAUUAUUGGUUUAGAAGAUCUUACCUAGCUAAAUUAUUAAUAUGUGAUAUGAUCUAUAUCUCGUGUUUUAUAUCUGAAUUCUGGGCCUAUACAAAUUUGUGGCAAUAUAAAUUUUAAUAAAACAAUUGUGGGGAAUUAUCCAUAAUUGUUUUUAUUACUGUAAUUUGCAUUACUAUUUGGGGACCAAAGUCUUCGAUUAAUUUUAAUCUAGUUUUAACUUAGUUAAGGUAAAUCAUAAAUCUUUUUUGUUUCUUUAUAAAAAUAAAAACAUUAAAAACUAAAUAAUAUCUAGUAUUGUACAAUUAGAUUAAAAAACUAUGAUGGGUAACCCGUCGUAUUACUAGCUACGACGACUGGAGCUUAACCUCGUUGAUCGAUCAGUCGUAAAAGCUAAGUGUUUCGUCUUUUCUAUACAGUUGCAAAAUAUGUCUGCUACACGAAGGAUUUAACGCGUGACCCAUCAUAGUUUCAGCGAGUGAAUUUUAACGGCGUUGAUUAGUAUGAGUGAGCUAAAUAGGCAACAUUAAUUAUAGCUACAUAUAAGAAAACAAAUCCUACCCAUCAUAGUUGUACCCACGACUAGUGUGGCUUAACUUCUUUAUUCGAUACAAGCAAAAUUCCCGGAGGCAUAUUUUAAAGGAAAUAUUUGUAAAUAAAACUUACUACGAAUAGUUAAAAUAUGGAAACCAUAUCAGGGACCAAUUUACGUUAAGCCCCAAGGAUUUUAAGGUCUCCUUGGUGUCCACCAGUACUAGAAUUAGUGUUUCUGGAGAUUUGGUGCCAACGAUAUUAACUGUUUACUUAAAAAAUCACAGUCACACUACCCACAUUUUUUGCAUUUUUUUAACCUACCCACAUUUGAUGUAAUUUUCUAACCUACUCACAUUUUUGUUUACAUUUUACACGUUUAUCUAAGGGUUCCUAUAAUUAACUAAUCGUUGCCUUCUAUAGUUCGUUGAUUACGAAAAUGUAUGUUAUAUUGAAAGUGGUGCCUUAGAUGUGCCUAUAUUAGAGUGUAAGCAUGUCAGAUCGUUCGAAGCAACGACCAGAUAGGCUUAUAGCAUAAGUAGCGGUUUAUGUGUGUCAAAAUUUUGACCAUCAAAUAGGCUUAGUUCACUAGUAAGUGUUUUAAAGCCUGUAUAACCCAUAUAUUAUAAUAAUUUACUGUUAGAUUAGCUUGUAGCACUAUAAGCCAGUAACAAUGAAGCUUUAGAUGCUUCGUUGGUGGAAUAGGGUUGGGGCACUAUUAUGCCAUAUCUAUUUUUAACUAAGAUAGUGGCACUUAAGUGUUAGAUCACGUAUGCGUGUUGCGAUACGGAGUAUUAACGUUUUAAUUCAUAAGUAAUACAUGUAUUUUGUUAAAAAUAAAUACAUUUUAUGUUA